UGCACAUCUCUUGGUGAUUGUCUUCACCUUAGCAGCUUCAUCCCAAGAAGCCAUUCACUAGCUUACUGCACAAGCAGUACAAGGACAACUAGCCUUUGCAAGUUUUCUUUGUGAGAGAUAUGGAGGGCAGAGAUGAUGUCAAAUCAGAUGAGAUCCUCCUGCCUGGGUUCCGGUUCCAUCCUACCGACGAAGAGCUGGUUAGUUUCUACCUCAAGAAGAAGAUCCAGCAGAAGCCCAUCUCCAUCGAGCUCAUCAAGCAGCAGGACAUCUACAAGUUCGAUCCAUGGGACCUCCCAAAGCUUGCGAGCACCAGCAGUGAGACAGAGUGGUACUUCUACUGCCCAAGGGACCGCAAAUAUCACAACAGCGCGAGGCCAAACCGGGUCACAGCAGCUGGGUUCUGGAAAGCCACAGGAACAGAUAGGCCAAUUUACUCCUCCGAGGGCACCAGGUGUGUAGGCCUGAAGAAGUCCCUUGUCUUCUACAAAGGCAGAGCCGCAAGAGGGAUCAAAACCGACUGGAUGAUGCAUGAGUUCAGGCUUCCUUCUUUCACCGAUCCAUCACUUCCCAAGAGACCGAUCGACAAGAACAUCCCGCUUAAUGACUCUUGGACCAUAUGCAGAAUUUUCAAGAAGACCGGUUCGAUGGCGACACAACGGGCACUGUCUCAUGCUUGGGGUGCUCCAUUGCCUGGGGCAACUGAGCAACCGAUGCAAGCUUCACAUUUUGCUUCGGAGAGCUCCACCCGCUCAUUGCAAGUUGCAGCAGUGGCACCAUCAAGUCAGUUCAUAAGUUUCAACUGUGGUCCAUCUCCGCAAGUCCUCAAAGGUCCCACCAUCUUGCCAUUCCAAACACAGGCGUCAUCACACAAGCCCGUGCUGCACACUGCGCCACCACCGCUCUUCUUCGAUGCGCACUUUGGGCAGCCUGAGCAGGACGCUGGAUUUGUGACUGGUUCUUCUGCAGAUGUAAAUGCCAGCAUGAGCUGCAGGGACCAAGAGUCAUCCACAACGAAGCAUGGCGGUAAAUUCAGGAGCAUGAACAAUGAGUGGGAAGCUCCGGGGAGACUCGACUUCCCAUUCGGUUUAGUAGCAGACUCUUCGGAUGACUGGGAGUGCAACAUACCUUGGGAAUCCUUUCUUAGCCCAACAGUCCCUGCUGAGAUCUCACAGCACUAGAUGCCUAGCCUGCCCUACACGGAGUGGGAGGUGUGCACCACCUUCACCUGUUAGCAUUUCUGUUAGCAAGGGCA